CCGUAUCUCGGGGACAUUUCAGUGGGCUCUUUAAGAGGAGAGCCGCUCUGCGUCUGCUGAUCUGUCAGUAGGCGCGGUGCCGCCCUCCCCGCGCGCACUCUGCUGCUGCUGCACCUCCGGGACUGACACACACCCGGCCGGUGCACGGAGGACCUCCUUGAAGCCGUCUGCGGAUCAUACGUGGAUACGAUAUUCGAUCGUCAUGGAUAAUCGAUAAUUGAAGCUAAAAUGCGCCGAUGCCACCGUCCCUGUGAUGCCGGGCUAUGUGCAGGUGUAAAGGGUAACCAGACUGAGAGCUGCUGACUGGGGAGGGACACGCGCCCACACAUUUACAUGUCUGAUGUUGAGCCAUGAACGCUUCGGGGUGGACUUCUUCUGGCGCGCGCCUUUAGCUGGAGUCAUCGUGUUCGCCCUGUUCGGCCCGCCCGGUUCAGCGGGUUUGGCGGGGGGAGGAAGAAUAUUCAGAAAGCAGCAGCAGUUUGAUCAAUAUGUCCUCCGUGGGGGGGUCCGGAGUGGGUGAGCUGAGCCUGGGAGAGCUGCCCAUGGAGAGCUGGAUGUCCCACCUGCCCUGCGCGCUGUGGGACACCCCCCUGUACCAGCUGGCCAUCCCGGGCAGCCACAACGCAAUAACCUACUGUCUGGAUAUGAAUGACCGGUCCCCUGUGGACCUCACCCAGCCAGACAUGCUUCAAAAGCUGGACAAGUACAUGAAGCCUCUUAUCCGCCCCUUUGUUUACAAGUGGGCAAUAACCCAGGAGUACACGAUAAAGCAGCAGCUGGACUGCGGGGUCAGAUACUGUGACUUGAGAAUUGCACACAGGCCCAACGACAGCUCCACGGAUCUGUACUUCUACCACGGUGUCUACACCACGCUCACUGUGGAGACGGUUCUAAUGGAGAUACGAGAGUGGCUGGAUGCUCAUCCCAAAGAGCUGGUCAUCCUCUCUUUCAGCCACUUCCUCUGCCUGAGCCAGGAGCUCCACAUGCUGCUGCUCACCACCAUACGCAACGUAUUCACCUCCAAACUCUGUCCCAAAACGGAAGUGUUAACUCUUCGAAACCUGUGGGCUUUAGGCUACCAAGUGAUGGUGUCCUAUGAACACAGCAUCGCCAGCUACCACAGCGACCUGUGGCCACAUAUUCCUUACUGGUGGGCCAAUAAAUGCAAAGCUGAGGCUCUUAUUGAAGACUUUGAACACCGUAAACAACAUGGCAGACCAGGAGGUUUUUUCGUCACGGGAAUGAAUCUGACCGAGGACCUGAAAUACAUCUGCACACACCCGACAGAGUCCCUGAAGGACUUGGUGAUGUCCACGUAUCCCACACUGCUCAGCUGGGUUAAGGAGCAGACUCCCGGCUCCAAAGUCGGCUCUCUCAACAUCAUUGCCGGGGACUUUAUUGCAGAGAGCCAGUUUGUUCCCACUGUCGUUAAACUGAAUGAGAAACUACUAAAAUGGUCCUCAUGACUUCUCACCAAUUUGAGUUAUUCUCCAAAAAAAGUGAACCACAGCAUGAAAUACUCAUGAGCUUGUUUUGUUAAGAGUGACAGAAAAAAAGUACUUGAAUUAUUCCUUUGAAUAUAAAUGCACUUAUUUGGAGGCUGUGAAAUGUAUAUUUCAGUCUUCAGGGUAACUUAAGGUUUUGGAUCCUAUUUUCUUAUUUUUUCAUAGUUUUUAUGUCCGAGUGACUGAUGGGAGCAACAAUCUUUGAAAGUGGUCCAGUAUGAAGCAAGACCGCUGCAUUUGGUUUUGAAAAAAAACUCUAAUUUAAAUUAUUAUUAACAUUUUGAGUAAUGACAACAACACUGUCGGAGCAUCCACAUGAUGCAAGCCUUCUGUGAUCGCGCACCCCCCCACCCCUCCUCCAUGCAGUGGCUAGCAUCGCUCGUCUGUCAAAUCAAGGAGGACACCAAGGAUUAAAGAAGAGG